AGUGUACUUCAAUAACGUUGAGUAAUAGAGCAGGCAGCAGGAGUCACGGCUGCUGUAGGAAGAAGGCUACACAGCCGUGGGCUCCUUCAUGCGCGGUGCGCUCUUGCAGCGGGUGGUCACGUGGUCAAGCGUAGGGCAGCGCGCGUGAGCGUUCGAUUGACGGGGAGGGGCGACGUCAGCCAAGGUCGGGCCCGGCUGUCGGCGGGCAGGCACGCGCGCCUCCGCACGCCCCAUGCUGCCCGGUCCACUCGCGCCACUCGACCCGCACAAAACGCGCGCGCUAACUACUAUUUACGCGCCGCGGAAACUCCACACGCGGAAGAACAAGACGGCGCAGCUGAGGAUGCUCGACAACGACAUUCAAAUCAAACCAACCCUCUCUCCCUUCCAUCCUCUACCAGCCAUCGGACAGAAGCUGGAGAAGUCCAAGACGAAAGUGAUCGUGUUUGACUUGAAUAAAAAUGACUCCGGUUCGUUGGAUCGGUCGGUCAAAAUCCGAGAUGUGCUCAAACCUCUCACACCGUUGCGGAUACAUGGAUUCGCAAGGAAAAAUUCCUUGGGUCAGCUAGAUGUUAAGAGGCCGCAACAGUUACUCAGAGAAAACACGUACGAUGUUAUAGAGCCAAUAUACGUGACUGCAGCAGCAAACGCUAAAGUGAGUAAAGACGACAUGUCAAUAACUAAGACGAGACAGUUGGUCCAGCCGGCGCCAAAUUCUGAGAGGACAGUUAUCGAGGAGAAGAUAAAAGUUUCUCCAAAGACCAGGUUCAAGAAGGCGGCGCUGCAAGUGGCUAAGUUGUCGACGAUGCCGGAGACUGGGAAGCUGCUGUGUUUGAGAGAGAGACAGACGUACCAGGUGUGUAGAGUGGAGGGGGACAAAACUGUCUGCAAGCUGCAGGAGCUGCCUCAGAGCCCGGCGCACAAGCUGGACAAGCUGUCAGAGAUAUUCCAGAGCCUCGAGAUGAAGGGGCGGCACAGAGAUAGGAUGAAAAAGGAGAACAGUUGGUUCUAACGUUCUACUUAGAUUAAGAGAGUGCAAUCAUUGGAUUAAUGAACAUUCGUUGAGAGGCUAAACGUUCUAAGUGUUAACAUGUUAUGAUAAGAGUUUGUUUAUUUUUGUUAACGUUGAAUGUAUACGAAGAUAUUGAUAUUGCUCAAGUGUUGGUGAUGUGUCCGUUGUCUUGGUAUUUUAUUAAAGUGUGUCGAACUUUUUAA